ACGGUGCGAAUGUUGUUUUUGUUAUAAAAGAUAAUGUUAUUCAGACCUGAACAAACAAAGCAAACACUCGAUUUAUGCGCUUUGGGUUCUAGAAAGUCAAACACUCUGCUGAAAACCGAACGCAUCGCCGCAACCCAAACACAAGGACUCAAACGCCAUUUGGCCCUCGACGCCACCAACUAACUCAAAGGAGACUUAGCGCGUGGGUAUCAAAUGCUAGAAACCGAUUGGAAUAUUGUCCACUUCAAGAGCUAGGAGCAACGGGUCACUUCGGUAUGCCCACCACACGCAAUUCGUCGAAGCAGGCGGUGUCGCCGCAGGCACAGCUGCAGGAUAACAGGCGCAUUGCUGCUGGUGGCGGACUGGUGCCAGAGGAGGAGGAGGGCAAUAUGCCGAACCUAUCCACACUGUCGCUGGACGAGCUGAAGCAGCUGGACAGGGAUCCGGAGUUCUUCGACGAUUUCAUCGAGGAGAUGUCUGUGGUGCAGCAUCUAAACGAGGAGCUGGACUCGAUGAUGAAUCAAGUGGAGAAUAUCUCACGUGAAAAUGAGAGCAAGGGCAGCCAUCUGGUGGAUCUGAAACGCCGCCUCAGCGAUGACUACACUGCCCUGAAAACGCUGGGCGAGAAGUGCGACGAACUAAACAAGAAGUACUUGAAGAAGUCGGAGGAAUAUGCCCCCCAGCACAUACGGGAAUUACUGCAAAUUGCUGCCUCGAAUUCCGACGCCGAUUGCGAUCGUCAUGUGGAGCACUUUCUCAAUGGCAAGAUCGAUGUGCAGACCUUCCUCAACACCUAUCAGAGCUCCAAGAAGAUCAGUUCGGAGCGCAAGGCCAAGGAAGAGCGAUUGGGGACACAGCUGAGCGCCCUGGAGCGUGCCGGAAUUUAGCAGCCCUAAAUGAUUGAUGAUGAUAAUGAUUGAUGCCUACAAUAACGAUGAUGACACGCCAAUCACCCGUCUCCAAAAUGUACUGUACUAAAUGUUAUCUCGCACCCAACUCCAACCAAUGGAGGGGUUCCACAAGUCGCAAUUUAUAGGAUCUAAGCAAGGCAACCCCUCACAGAAUACUGGAGAUCAAAAUCAGAGCCGAAGAUUAUUCGCUCGCUAGUGAAACGUAUAAUAAUCUAGUUGUAGAUUUUAUACACACAUAUAUAUGUACUUGUAAAUCGUUAGGGCCCAAUCAAAAUGUAUGGCUUUAUAUUUAUAAUUGUAAUUGUAAUUUUAGAAACAGAACGCCCAUGUGUUAUGAGUGUCCGCAGUUAAACUCAAGCUCAAGCCAACCCCAAACCAAAAAGCCCCAAUCGAAAUGAAAUCGCAUGUAUUCCCCUAGGUUACGUCUGGUCGCCUAUCCUGCCAACAGUUCUAGUUCUGUUUAUCUGUACUACCCCAAUGUAUGUAUAUUUAAUAAAAGUUUAUGAUUUAUCUGAAAA